AUGGUAUCGCCUAAAUCUCGAUCGCACACUAGUGCUGAUCAUAUUGAAGAGUCCAACACUACCGCCAGUCUGUUUUUAGGCGGCGUGCGGAGGAACUGGAUGGGCCCGCAGACUAACGCCCCGGAGAACUCGGCUACGCGAAAUCCUCGCGUCGAGGUUGACCUUCCAGUCCCUCCCAACUCUCUUCCCCACGAGCUUGUCUUGAUGUCCCCCGUCACGCCCGGUGAGACCCUUACCCAACCUCCCUCACGUGGUCCUGUUCAUACGGCAAAAAACCCCGACACGCACGCGACAGCUCUUCCCUCACCCGUUCUUAGUACAAAUUCUAACCCAAGUCCCGUGAACGCCGAUGCGAUCGUCUCAAAUAGACCCUCCACGCUGCCGCCAAUCUCUACACUAUUCACGGCACAGCGUGGCAAUGAUGAGCGCAUGGCGGUCCAACCUCUUCCCAGCGGGCUCGCCACGUCACAACGUGUGACCCAGUCCCCUCAUCCUGGACCCAACUGGUCCACAAACUCGCCCUCGAUCACAGGCACACGCACUGGCGCUAGCACACAAGAACACACAGUCUCAGGGUCACGACCUAGCCCGCAGCAGAAUGGGGGAGCUGGAGCUGGGGCUGUGGCUAUCCCCAAUGAAGCAUGGGCACAAUGGUCUUCUCAAUUGGAUGCCCUGAUAGAUGAUUUGCACGCAAGGGGAGCACUGACUCCUGUUCAUUCGAGGGAGACAAAUGUUAUUCUGCCUCGGAUCGACCUAUUGCGCCAGGCCAUUAGUCGUAAGGACGCUUUCUAUUUGGUGAUGCAUCAAUUGUACUGCCGGUAUAGCAUUGAUCCAAGUACAUUGGGUCAAAUUAGAGCCCCUGAAGCGGGCAUGGAAUCGCUCAUCCCUCUUCUGGAAAACAAUGGAAAGAUGCAUGAAACCGCUAUCAUUGGGUUUGCCCAUUUCCCGUCAUCUCCACAGCAGUUGAUGCAGACAAGGUGGUACCUCCAGGUGCUGUCCGGUAUUCCUGAGUUUUUAUCACGGCUUGCAACUGAAUGGCAGAGCAUCUGGCUUCAGGCCCAUCAUCCCCCGUUGGUGUCUCAUCUUUGGGGAGUGCUCGCUUGUCCAUCUCCAAUUUUGAUGUCGGUGAUGUUCAUGUGUGUUGCACGGCGCCUUCACCACGAGGAAUAUAUCAAACCCCUGUUGAAGUUAUUCUGGAAAGAUUUCAAAGUUUUCCAGCAGUGUAGGGACUCUCAACUUCCUGGGACUACUCUGCAGGCUCACAACCGGAAUUUUGCUCAAGAGUAUCUCAACUUCCCACGUUCGUCCGAGUAUCUAUCACAAACACCAUUUUCCUCCCACUCUGCACCACCUCCCAGACCUCAGAAUCAACCCAUAUCUCAAGCCGCUCUAGGAGUACCGUCACCCUAUCCCAGAUCUUCGGUUACUGGUGUCAGUCAACCUGCCACAAAUUCACCUGCUCCAAGCCCACUUGGCGCACCUUUGCAGCAUUUCCCCUUGAAUUCACCCCAGGGUCAGGUUGUUGGCCCAGCUGCUGGGUCCUAUCAAUUUGGUGUAAACUCACAAGUGCAGAAUACCCCACAGACUCCUUAUUACAACCCCAUGUCACAGGGGCAGGGACAAGGACCGUGGUAUCCAGUGAAUCCACAUAUGAAUCCACAGAUGCCACCAAUGCACAUGCAGAUAGCGCUUGGACAUGUACCACCUUCUCGGAGGCACCAACCACUGCCAGGUUCACAUGGUCAACAAUUGCAGCGUCGAACCGGGAUGCCUCCGACUUCAGUAGCGCCUACUAACCCCUCCACCACCUCCCUUCAAUCGAGUGCUCCCACCUCUACGCAGUCAGUGCAGUCACUCCACGCUCCAUCGCCCAUAUCCACGACGCCGACUACAACAAACCAUAUGGCCCAGCACCCGAUGCCACCACAAAGGCCUAAUAACCAUCACCACCGACAGCAUUCGAUGACUUUGCAGUCGUCUGCUUCGCCAACCACACGUGCGCCUCCUCAAGGACAGCCUCCUCAGCGACAGCCUCCUCAGGGACAGCACUUCCAGCCUUUACCUAACUCUGCCUUCCUCCCGUUACCUGGCUACAGAGCACCCAUGAUGGUGAAUCCAAAUCCAACACGUCUCGGCCUACAUCUGGUUGAUCUUCGCGAUCCUAUGAAGAGGCUGGUAAAACAAGGUUCAGAUGGCAAUUACAUUGAGACUGAUUUGUUCACCUAUCUGCAUACCUUCGUUGUGAACCCAACCGUCGUCAACGUUGACCAGCCGAUCUACACGUGGAAUUUCUCCUUCACACAUGAUGAACGCCAAAAGUUCCCACACAUAGCUCACGGGAAGGAGAGCCAAUGUUCGGUUUGGACCUUUAGGCCCGGUUGCCGGACUAUUCGCCUGCGAUGCAUUCGUCUUCCUGGCAAUCCGGAUACUGUGACGGAGCAGACCUGGUCCACCGCGGGCACUUUCUGGCCCAGUGUCUUUUACAUUACUGUAAACGGCAAAGAGCUCUAUGUGCGUCGAAAGGUCCACAACGGAAAAGACCUGCCCUUGGACAUCACCGAGCACCUCAAAACAGGUGAAAACGACGUACGGCUCGAUAUAAUCUUAGGACAGGAUGAGUGCAAGACUUCCAAAUUCGUCUUUGGGGUGGAGGUCAUGGAGAUCGCCGAGUUCGACCAGAUAAUCAGCCUGGUCCAAUCCGUCCCAGCCGCCGAGUCUCGUGCAGCAAUCAAAAAGCGUCUUUCUCCUAUCACCGACGACGAUGAUCUAGCUGUUGUCACCGACAACCUCACAAUCGACCUAGUGGAUCCCUUCAUGGCACGCAUCUUUGAUGUCCCCGUUCGCUCGCGCCACUGCAACCACCAUGAAUGCUUCGACCGUGACACUUUCAUACACACCAGGAAGUCCGUAUCCGGCCCGACUCCAAUGGUCGAUAACUGGCGCUGCCCGAUCUGCAAGGGAGAUGCACGCCCGCAGUUUUUGGUUGUCGAUCAGUUCCUUGUCGAGGUCCACGCCCAGCUCGCCCGUACAAACAGACUUAGCGGGAUCAGAUCAAUCCAAAUCAAGGCUGAUGGAACCUGGAACCCCAAGUACGACACCGAUGAGACCUCACCCGGGGCAGACAAACCCUUUUCCCCAAAGCGCAAGGCUGAAGGCUCUUUGGGCCCAGUUGCCAUGCGCCCCAGGAACAAUGUGUCUCAUGGUAGUCACAGCCCGGCUGUUCGUACUCAAGAACAUACGGUCAUUGAAUUGGACUAA